CCCAGCGUCGAGGUGGCCAUGGGCAGGACCUGGGGCGCGGGGCGCAGGGCCUGGGGGACUCGGGGAAAUGGAGGCUGCCUGCAGCCUCCCAGACGCCGGCUCCGCGGAAAGCCCUCCCCGCUCAGCAGGAGGGGGCUGACUAGGGAGGGACAGCAGUUUAGGGCCUAGGGGGCCACGUGACCCUCCCCCAGGAAUGCGAUGAUGUCACAGGGGGCGUGGCCAUCCCCAAAAUUGGGGAGGAAGAGGAAAAAAAGCCAGAAAAAGUUUCUUUCCUGGAGUCCCAAACGAGGGACGGAAGAAGGGGUCAAGGCCAGAGGCUCAGGGCUCCGUGAGGCCCUGACCGCGGUCUGGAGGUCCCCCGUUCCAGGCCAUGUCGGGGCCCACCUGGCUCCCCCCGAAGCAGCUGGAGCCCGUCAGAGCCCCUCAGGGGAGAGUGCUCCCCCGGGGCGCCCCGGGGCCGCCACCAGCCCCCGGAGCAGCACUCCAGUCCCACCCCAGGGUCAAUUUUUGCCGUCUCCCAUCUGAGCAGUGUUACCAGGCCCCAGGGGGACCAGAGGAUCGGGGGCUGGCCUGGGUGGGGUGCCAUGGAGCACCCCAGCGUUCACAGGGGCUCCCCCCAGACAGAGGGGGCUUGCGCCCAGGAAGUCUGGAUGCUGAGAUAGAUUCGCUGACCAGCAUGCUGGCUGAGCUGGAUGGGGGUCGUGGUCAUGCCCCACGGCAGCCUGACCGGCAGGCUUAUGAGCCCCCUCAGCCCCCUGCCUACCGCGUGGGCUCCCUGAAGCCGAAUGGAGGGGGUGUUCCUUCCCCACCGCUCCCAGCAUCCACUUACGGGGGCCCCACUCCGGCCUCCUACACAACAGCAAGCACGCCCGCCGGCCCUGCCUUCCCUGUGCAAGUGAAGGUGGCACAACCAGUGAAAGGCUGUGGCCCCCCCAGGCGGGGGGCCUCUCAGGCCUCCGGGUCCCUGCCGGGCCCCCACUUUCCUCUCCCAGGCCGAGGUGAAGUCUGGGGGCCUGGCUAUAGGAGCCACCGAGAGCCAGGGCCGGGAAGUGAAGAGGAGGCUGCCGGGGUCUCUGGCCAUGCAGGAGGAGGAAGAGGAGGCGGGUAUGGGCCCCCGGUGCCCCUGAGCCAGCCUCCCGAGGAGGAGCUUGAGAGGCUGACCAAGAAGCUGGUGCAUGACAUGAACCACCCGCCCAGCGGGGAGUACUUCGGCCGGUGUGGCGGCUGCGGAGAAGAUGUGGUUGGGGAUGGGGCUGGGGUUGUGGCCCUGGACCGCGUCUUUCACGUUGGCUGCUUUGUGUGUUCUACGUGCCGGGCCCAUCUUCGGGGCCAGCAUUUCUAUGCUGUGGAGAGGAGGGCAUAUUGUGAGAGCUGCUACGUGGCCACCCUGGAGAAGUGCUCCACAUGCUCCCAACCCAUCCUAGACCGGAUCCUGCGGGCUAUGGGGAAGGCCUACCAUCCUGGCUGCUUCACCUGUGUGGUGUGCCACCGCGGCCUCGAUGGCAUCCCUUUCACGGUGGAUGCCACCAGCCAGAUCCACUGCAUUGAGGACUUCCACAGGAAGUUUGCCCCACGAUGCUCAGUGUGUGGUGGGGCCAUCAUGCCUGAACCAGGUCAGGAGGAGACGGUGCGAAUUGUUGCUCUGGAUCGCAGUUUUCACAUUGGCUGUUACAAGUGUGAGGAGUGUGGGCUGCUGCUGUCCUCUGAGGGUGAGUGUCAGGGCUGCUACCCACUGGAUGGGCACAUCUUGUGCAAGGCCUGCAGUGCCUGGCGCAUCCAGGAGCUCUCAGCCACCGUCACCACCGACUGCUGAGUCUUCCUAGAAGCACCUGCUGUGUUCUCCUCCGUUCCCAGGGACCACGCUCCCUGACAACUACCUUUACAGCCUUGUCAUCAAGGCU